AGUUGAUAGUAGGUGCGCUUGUCGCCAAGGCGCAACAUCUAUGCCUUAAAUUCCACCUCAUAACAAAACAUCCUCAUUGAUGAGAAGGACUUCGAAAAUAUUAGUUUCACCCCGGGAACGAUAAUAUUCCAAAAUGGGAUAUAAGAAGAAGACUGAUAAAAAGAAAAAGGAGGUGGAAGAGGAUCCCACGGUGUCAUUUUUUCAAAUCUUCCGAUAUGGAAAGUGGUACGAACUGCUGGCCUCAUUUAUUGGGGUACUUGCUGGUCUACUGAGCGGUGGUGGUGUGUGCUACAGUCUUGCACACUUUGGAGAGCUAAGUACAUCAUUCGUGGAAAGGACAUCGCAACAGGACCAACUUUCGAGCUAUCUGCCCCUAAUGAGGCUUUUCGGAGGCGGCAGAAGAUUACAAAACGCGUCCAAUGAAGAGAACAUGAAAGCUUUGAUUGAGGACGGCAAGUCAAUGGCAAUCGGCGGGUUCAUAUCCAUAAUAUUAUCUAUCAUACUGUGUAUGAUAUCAACAUACCUCCUGAGUUGGAGCGCUUUGAGACAGAUUACCAGAAUUCGUCUUUUGUUCCUUGAGUGUGUCCUGCGGCAGGACAUGACAUGGUUCGACACAGAUACUGAGUUCAAUUUGGCUUCCAAAAUGUCUGAAAACAUGAUGAAGCUGAAAGAGGGUAUGGGAGAAAAAAUUGGAGUUGUAGCUAAUCUUGUUGGUACAGCUGUCAUCUGUCUGUGCCAGGCUUUCCCUCAGGGCUGGCAGCUUACUCUCGCUUGCAUCACUGUUGUGCCUUUCUCGUUGGCAGCGUCUAUCAUAUUAUCAAACUAUCAAACGAGGUCAUCAACUAGGGAAAUGGGGUGCUACAGUCAAGCUGGCAAACAAGCAGAAGAAGUUUUUAAGUCAGUCAGAACAAUAGUCGCUUUUGGAGGCGAAGGUGGAGAAGUAGAAAGGUAUCAUAAACUAUUGGAGCCAGCUGAAAGAUAUGGACGUAAGCGUGGUUUUUACACCGGGCUCGGAACUGGCUUUAACUGGGUCCUAACAUACUCUUUAAAUGCCAUUGGUCUGACUUACGGUACUAGACUAAUCCUUCAGAAUAUUGACAAACCUACUGAUGAAAAGGAAUAUCUCGUUGGUGAUGUUUUCAAUAUCCUAUUCACAGUUUACAUGGCUACUCAGUCUAUAACUCUAUGUGUCCCACAUGUAGAAGUAUUUGCAAAUGCACGUGGAGCUGCUGCCAGCCUUUUCAAACUUUUGGACCGGGAACCAGUAAUUGACGGAAUGGCAGAAGAAGGAAUAUCUCCAAGAAGGGUUAUAGGAGAUAUAUCCUUAGAAGAUAUCCACUUUAGUUAUCCAUCUCGGCCUAACGUAAAAGUACUGCAAGGAUUCUCUCUCAAAAUUAAGGCGGGAGAAUGUGUGGCCUUAGUUGGUUCCUCAGGCUGUGGUAAAUCUACAAUCUUACAGUUACUACAAAGGCUAUACGAUCCCCAUCUUGGUGUUGUUAAGAUUGAUGGCAAAAACAUCAAAAAUCUUAAUCUGGGAUGGUUAAGGUCUUCUUUAGGUGUCGUGGGUCAAGAGCCAGUUUUGUUCCGAGGUUCUGUUUUCGAUAAUAUUGCUAUAGGUUGCCCUGGUGCAACCCGCGAAGAAGUUCAAAGAGUUGCUGAAAUAGCAUAUGCACACGACUUUAUUUCAAAUCUAUCGAAUGGUUAUGAUACAAUAAUUGGCGAACGUGGAGCGUCUCUUUCCGGCGGUCAGAAACAACGCAUAGCUAUAGCUCGAUCGUUAUUAAGAGAGCCAGCUAUUUUAUUAUUAGAUGAAGCAACAUCUGCUCUAGACCCUAAUUCAGAAAGGCAAGUGCAAGCUGCGCUUGAUCGGGCGAGUGUAGGCCGUACCACCGUUACAGUAUCUCACAGGCUAUCAACGAUAGUUAACGCAGAUAGAAUUGUUUGCAUGGAUCAAGGAGUAAUUGUAGAACAAGGAACACAUGAUGAACUAAUGAAGGCUAAAGGUUUUUACUAUAAGCUUGUUACUACCGGCAAGGAAAAUAAGGAGCCCGAUGUAAUUGAGACUUUACCUGAAGAAGCAGAUGGAGAUGAAGACGGUGAGGUAGCUCUUGCCCCUCGUCUUGAUGUUAAGAGGAAAUCUAACAGAAGAGUUAUAAGACAUCACUCGGUUAAAAGAGAUUCUCAUGAAUGGAUGACUCCGCGAGGGUCUAUAUCGUCGGUUGUAUCAACUGGUUUACAAAACUUUGUUUACAAUUCUGAAUAUCAAGCAGAAGACGAAAAAUAUGAAGAAGAUGAUGAGGAAAUUAAACCUAUUAGCGAUUGGGAGAUUUUGAAACUGAAUGCUCCAGAAUGGAUAUAUUUGGUGAUAGGGGCUAUUGCUGCGUUCUUACAAGGAACGUGUUUCCCAGUUUUUGCUCUGUUAUUCGGUUACACUGCGGGGAUUUUCAUAUUGUCGGACCCAAAUGAAAUUCUUUACCUUGCGGAUUUAUAUUCUGGGAUGUUUAUUGUCGUGGCAGCCGUAGCUGGUCUAUCUAUGUGCCUCCAAAGUACUACUUUCACUAGUGCUGGACUGAAAAUGACUACUCGACUUAGAUAUCAAUAUUUCGGUGCUUUACUCAGACAAGAAAUAGGCUACUUCGAUAAAGAGAAGAAUACAGUAGGUGCUCUUUGUGCGAGGCUUAGCGGAGACACAGCGGAAGUGCAGGGUGCAACAGGUCUCAGGAUAGGUCUCAUUAUUCAGGGAACGAGUUCAGUCUUAGUAGGAUUUAUCAUGGCUAUGGCAUAUGACUGGAAAUUAUCUUUAGUGGGAACUGCUUUCUUACCUUUGAUGGUAGGUAGUAUCUGGUUAGAAGGUAUCGUAUCACAAAAAUCUCAAUCAGAUGAACGUGACGCUAUGGAAUCUGCAACAGCAAUUGCCACUGAAGCUGUCGUCAGUAUCAAAACUGUUCAAAGUUUAGGUGUGGAGAAAGUAUUCUUGUCCAAAUUCCAAGACGCGUUAGUUGAAUCCUGCGCCGCCGUAGCGUCGAAGACGAGAUGGAGGGGUUUGGUUCUAGGUUUGGGGGUGUAUGUGCCCUUCAUGUCGUACAUAGCGGCCACCGUGUAUGGUACCGUGCUCGUGGCGAAUGAGGGUCUUCCCUACAAUAUAGUAUUAUUGGUUAAUGAAGCUGUUAUGUACGGCGCUUAUAUGUUAGGACAGUCUCUAGUAUAUGCUCCAAGUUUCAACUCGGCCAGAGUGUGUGGUGCAAGAAUUCUAUCAGUCAUCAACAGAGAACCUAAAGUGCAAACCAAACCCGGCUUGAAAGAUAGAAACGAUUGGUCGGCAACAGGCGCAUUUUCUAUCAAAGACGUGGAAUUCAGUUACCCGACGCGACCUCACCAGCGAAUAUUAAAAGGAAUUGAUCUCAAAGUGGAGGCCGGCAAGACAGUAGCUUUAGUAGGUUCAUCUGGUUGCGGCAAAUCAACCAUAUUGCAGCUCUUACAGAGAUUCUACGAUCCCGAUACUGGAACUAUUGAUUUAGACGGUCGCGACAUACACACUGGUUUAACCCUGCCACGCCUGCGCCGACAACUGGGCGUGGUGCAGCAGGAGCCGGUGCUAUUCGACCGGACGAUUGCUGAGAACAUCGCUUACGGCGACAACAACAGGAAGGUCUCCAUGCAGGAGAUCAUGGCGGCCGCUAAAGCUGCCAAUAUACACAACUUUAUUAUUUCAUUGCCGAAGGGCUACGACACGAAUCUAGGGGCGAGUGGUGCCCAGCUGUCCGGUGGGCAAAAGCAGAGGGUUUGUAUCGCUAGAGCUCUUAUUCGGUCACCACGUCUUCUCCUGCUAGACGAGGCUACUUCGGCCCUUGAUGCUAACAGUGAACGGGCGGUUUCUGAAGCUUUGGAAAAAGCAGCCAAAGGACGAACUUGUAUCACUAUUGCCCAUCGUCUCACAACUAUUAAGGAUGCUGACCUGAUUUGCGUUUUAGAUAAAGGAAAAAUUAUCGAGCGUGGCACUCAUACAGAACUCAUGAACCAGAAGGGCUUCUAUUGGAGAAUGAGCAAAGGCCAGCACGUCGCUUAAGAAUGCCCAGACUGAGCCAAUCAAAGUAAAACUGUAAACGACUAGUAUUAAUUAUGAUGAAUUUCAUAUUAGCUCCGUAAGAUGUUAGAUUUUAGUUAAGGAUCUUUUAUAGUAUUAUUAUGAUAAUAUGUUUACAUUUAGUUUUAUGUCGAUUGGCUCGACAUCGCCACAUCCAAUAAGUACGCCAAAUAAAUGUAACGUAACCAAAUAUAAUAAUUUUACAAGUGCCAUUAUUUUAUUGUAAUAAGUGCUCGUUAUGAUAGAAUUUCGUUAUUUUAAAUAAAACCAAUCAGGUGAA